UGAGCUAACGCUUCCAAGGUAUCUACUUUUUGUCCAGGGCUGGGUGCUAGCCAGCGGAAAGAGCAACGUUAGUCUCACUAGAAAAUAAAAUAAAAUAAAACAGUAGAGUGAAUUUGAACGCCUAAAAUUAAAAUAGCUAAGUAAUGCGGUUUUCUGGAGUAUUUUUUAACCAAAACCUUUGACAAUUCAACACCCAGCCUCAGGUUCUGAGGUUGUUAAUUCCACCCAAGGUUAGCUAGCUGGCUAACGGUAGCCGAUUAAACUAGUUUAGCUAACUCGGCGGCUAGUUAUCUUGCCCGUUACAUUUUGAAAUUGCAGGGAGUAGAUACUUAAAAACAAACCAAUACAGGUGAAUAUUAUGGCCGAAGCCGAUAAAUUGAACAUCGACUCCAUUAUACAGCGUCUUCUGGAAGUGAAAGGCUCCAGACCUGGCAAAAAUGUUCAGCUGACAGAGAAUGAGAUUCGUGGUCUUUGUCUCAAGUCCCGGGAGAUCUUCCUCAGCCAGCCAAUACUGCUGGAGCUUGAGGCGCCACUCAAGAUUUGUGGUGAUGUCCAUGGCCAGUACUAUGAUCUGCUGAGGCUGUUUGAAUAUGGCGGCUUUCCCCCAGAGAGCAACUACCUGUUCCUGGGAGACUAUGUGGACAGAGGAAAGCAGUCCCUGGAGACCAUCUGUCUGUUGUUGGCAUACAAGGUCAAAUACCCAGAGAACUUCUUUCUGCUGAGGGGAAACCAUGAGUGCGCCUCCAUAAACAGAAUAUAUGGCUUCUAUGAUGAGUGUAAGAGGCGGUACAACAUUAAGCUGUGGAAGACCUUCACAGACUGCUUUAACUGCCUGCCUGUCGCAGCCAUUGUUGAUGAGAAGAUCUUCUGUUGCCAUGGAGGCCUGUCCCCAGACCUCCAGUCUAUGGAGCAGGUGCGGAGGGUUAUGCGCCCCACUGAUGUGCCUGACCAGGGCCUGCUGUGUGAUCUGCUGUGGGCCGACCCAGACAAGGAUGUGCUGGGUUGGGGCGAGAACGACCGUGGUGUCUCCUUCACCUUUGGCGCCGACGUUGUCACCAAGUUCCUCCACAAACAUGAUAUGGAUCUCAUCUGUCGGGCCCACCAGGUGGUAGAGGAUGGCUAUGAGUUCUUCGCAAAGAGGCAGCUGGUGACGCUCUUCUCAGCCCCAAACUACUGUGGCGAGUUUGACAAUGCCGGAGCCAUGAUGAGCGUAGAUGAGACCCUCAUGUGCUCCUUCCAGAUUCUUAAACCGGCAGACAAGAAGCUGUUCUACGGCGGAGGGGCCGUGGGCUCUGGUCGCCCGGUCACCCCUCCCAGGAAAGCUAAGAAAUGACACUUGUAGCCUGCCCUCAGCCUCCACCUCCGCCCCAUCCCUCCUGCCCUCUCUACCUCUCUUCUCCUUUCUUUAACCAAACAGCCAGAAAUCAAACCUAUACCCAGGGCUUUUUUCCUUUUUUAUCUGUACUUCUUUAAACAUUUAAUGUUAUGAAUUGUCUGAGUGAGUGUGUGCGCCGAAGAGACAGUCUGUCUGUGAGUGAGCAUUAAAACCAUGUGUGUGCGUGUGUACAUUUUGUGCGAGAGUAUUAGAGAUUUAUACUAUCCCCCCUCUCUUAACCAUUUUGCCCCGCUGAAAGGUUGAAACCACAGUGUCUAUCUGUACAGUAAUUGUGACUGAAAAGCAGGGUUUGGGAGACAGUGGGAGAUUGCUGAGCUGGUGAUUUUAACAGCAAACUCCUGCCGGCAGGUGGUGUGUGUAUUUGUGGCGGGGGGGAUUAUUUUGUUUUCCGUGUCCUCUGUACUGUAAAAUCUCAAACACACACACACACACACACACACGUGUGUAUGUAUGUGUGUGCAUGUGUGUGUGUGCAGUGUCAUGCCCAUCCUGCUCAAGUAUAAUGUCUAAGUAACCUUGAACAGGAAGAGUUCCGUCACCACCGUCUCAGGAGAGCAUGCACAUGCUUUCUCUCUAACACACACAAACACACACACACAUGCAUACAGAUGACUCUUCUCACAAAUUCAUACGAGCCAGAGCUGUAAAAACCCCACACAGUUUAGGUUUGUACAGAUUUGAUUACUUGAAAGAGAUUUUUUGUGAAUUCGUUUUGUAGUCUUUCAUCAAGAUGACCAAUAAAGCGAGAAUCUGAGCUAAA